UGUCCCAGGGCUGUGCCCCCCGCCCCCAGGGGGUCCCCCACUUUAGGGAAGCCCCCCCUUGACGCCCGUGGCCCCCCAGGUGCUGAACAUGUACGGGAAGGUGGUGACAGUGCGGCACCAGGCCGUCACCAGGAAGAAGGACAAUCGCUUCGCCGUCGCCCUGGACUCGGAGCAGAACAACAUCCACGUCAAGGACAUCGUCAAAGUCAUCGAUGGCCCCCAUUCUGGCCGCGAGGGCGAGAUCCGACACCUUUUCCGCGGCUUCGCUUUCCUGCACUGCAAGAAGCUGGUGGAGAACGGGGGGAUGUUCGUGUGCAAGACCCGCCACCUGGUGCUGGCCGGGGGCUCCAAGCCCCGGGACGUCACCAACUUCACGGUGUGCGGCUUCACCCCCAUGUCCCCCCGCAUCAGCAGCCCGAUGCACCCCAGCGGGGCUGGCCAGCGGGGGGGCUUUGGGGCCGGCGGGAUGAGCCGCGGGCGGGGCCGGCGCGACAACGACCUCAUCGGGCAGACGGUGCGGAUCUCGCAGGGGCCCUACAAAGGGUACAUCGGGGUGGUGAAGGACGCCACGGAGUCCACGGCGCGCGUGGAGCUGCACUCGACCUGCCAGACCAUCUCCGUGGACAGGCAGCGCCUCACCACCGUGGGGUCCCGGCGCCCCGGGGGGCUCACGUCGGCCUACGGGAGGACCCCCAUGUACGGCUCCCAGACCCCCAUGUACGGCUCGGGGUCCAGGACCCCCAUGUACGGCUCCCAGACCCCCCUGCACGACGGAAGCCGCACCCCCCACUAUGGGUCACAGACCCCCCUGCACGACGGGAGCAGGACCCCGGCCCAGAGCGGGGCCUGGGACCCCAACAACCCCAACACCCCCUCGAGGGCCGACGAGGACUUCGAGUACGGCUUCGAGGAUGAGCCCACCCCAUCCCCCCAGGGCUAUGGGGGGACCCCCAACCCACAGACCCCCGGGUACCCCGACCCUGCCUCCCCCCAGGUCACACAGCCCUACAACCCUCAGACCCCCGGGACCCCCGCCAUGUACAACACGGAGCAGUUCUCGCCCUACGCCGUCCCCUCCCCACAAGGGUCCUACCAGCCCAGCCCCUCCCCCCAGAGCUACCACCAGGUGGCCCCGAGCCCGGUGGGCUACCAGAACACCCACUCGCCGGCCAGCUACCACCCCACGCCCUCCCCCAUGGCCUACCAGGCCAGCCCGAGCCCCAGCCCGGUGGGCUACAGCCCGAUGACCCCCGGGGCUCCCUCCCCGGGGGGCUACAACCCCCACACCCCCGGCUCGGGCAUCGAGCCCAGCGCGGGCGACUGGGUGACCACCGACAUCCAGGUCAAGGUCCGGGACUCCUACCUGGACUCGCAGGCCGUGGGACAGACCGGGGUCAUCCGCAGCGUCACGGGCGGGCUGUGCUCCGUGUACCUGAAGGACAGCGAGAAGGUGGUCUCCGUGUCCAGCGAACACCUGGAGCCCGUCACCCCCACCAAGAGCAACAAGGUGAAGGUGAUCCUGGGGGAGGACCGGGAGGCCACGGGGAUCCUGCUGAGCAUCGACGGCGAGGACGGGAUCGUGCGGAUGGACCUGGAGGAGCAGCUCAAGAUCCUCAACCUGCGCUUCCUGGGGAAGCUGCUCGAGGCCUGAGAGACCCCCGGGACUCCCCCCAAGACACCCCCCCUCCCCUUUUCUGGCCAGUUUUCUCCCUUUUCUGGCCAUUUCCUCCCCCUUUUCUGGCUGUUUUUCCCCCUUUUCUG